GUCAAGCUGUGAGACAGCAGAGAGAAACGGGUCGACAAGGACCAAGCGCCUUAUCUAUUAGGCCUUAAGAUUUAUACAAACAAUUGUGUCAAUACAUUCAACAGUGAACCAUGUCAAAGGGCCCUGGUAAAGGAAGGAAAGGGAAGGGACCGGCUCGGAGACAUCCUUCCCCUGUCCAGUCUGCAUCAGAAGUAGAUGACUUUAAUCAGCCAUCAACGAGCCAGAGGAGUACUGAGAGUCAGAAAAUAUUACGCCUCGAUACCAAUUUGGUAAUGGACUUAAGUGAUAAAUUUUCACUUAAAUCAACACACUGGCUUUCCAUUUGUUUUCAAGUAAAAUCAAUGGGAUAUCUUUCAAACAAAGAUAUGGAUGAUGUAAACAAUAUGCUGGACCUGUGUGAUGCCUUGAAGAGGAAAAGAGUCAUCAAUCGUGGGGAGUACAGUAAACUACGUGAAGUUCUUGUUACAUGUGAUGUGGAGGCAGGAAAGAUAAUUGAUGAUUACUCGGAGAAAAUACGUCAGGAAAGGGAAGGACCACCACAAGCCAAACGACAAAGAGAGCAACACUCCACAGGUCAAUCAGAAGCCAAACGAUGGAGAAUUGGAGGUAAUAAGCGUCGGCCACAGCGUAUUAGAGGUCAAUCAGAAGCCAAACGAAGGAGAAUUGAAGAUAAUAAGCGUCAGCGGCGGCGUAUUGGAGGUCAAUCAGAAGCCAAACGAAGGAGAAUUGAAGAUAAUAAGCGUCAGCGGCAGCCUAUUAGAGACAUCCAUCCAACGAUAGCAGCACUGAUAGGAAGAACCAAAGCCAUGAUUGAAGAGGAAGUGAAGAAUAAUAAAUUCAUGAUGACAAAAAGUUUUCAGGAUGCUAAAGAAAAGCUCCAAAAGAACCGUGUAGUUAUCAUCAAGGGGAACACUGGAGAUGGGAAAACAGCUACCGCAGUUCAGCUGAUUCAUUUGCUCUGCAAGGAGCAACAGGGCAGACAGCCUGUAGAACUCGCCAACAUUGAACACUUAGAUUUCCUGACAAUGAAAUCCCAAUUGAUUACUUUCAUUGACAAUAUUUUUGGAAAGAAAGUUGUGUGUGAAAAAGAUUUUGAAGAAUGGUCCAAUAGGAUAAAAUCCGUUCUUCCAACGCUUCGUGGGGAUAAACAUACCGAGGCAAAUUUCCUUCUUAUUACAAUUCGUAAUGAGGUUUUUAAUUCUUUGAAAAAAAGUUCUUUGGAAAAAAUAUUCACUGAUUCCAACAUCAUUGAUCUUAGCUCUAACAAUUACAAAGUUAAAGAGGAAAAAGAAGAACUUUUAGAGUUGUACAAACCUAAAACCGAUGGGUUUUCAUGGUCAGAAAAAGAGAAAGAAGAGAUUGUUAAAUGUGCCCCAGGAAUAGGAUUCCCACAAUGUUGUCGGUUAUUCAGAGAUAUCCCUGAUUUGCAGGAGAAGAGAGUAGAAUUUUUUAAGUUCCCUUUCCUUUUUUUGAAAGAAGCAUUAUCAAAAUUGACAGAAUGUACUGCCCUUUUGUUUCUCUUCCUCAGUGAAGGUGAAAUUAAGGUAAAGGAUCUAGAUCCUAAUGGAGAAAAAGUCAGUGAAAUAUUACUGGAGCAAUCCUUUAAAGUUGAUUUAUUGGAUGUUAAGGAUGACAAAAGUAGGUGGUCGUAUGAGAAAAGAAUAGGUUUUGUACAGCAAAGUUUAGAAGCUUUAUUAGGUUCCAUGGUAGUGAAAGAAAAACAUUGGUCAGGGGAUGAUGUGUACCGAUUUUAUCAUGACUCUAUACAUGCCACAGUAGCACUUUUGUAUGGUACAAAAAGUCCAAUAGGCUACAUAAAGUAUUGUCCAAGAAAUUCUCUGAGAUAUAUAACAACUUCAAAAAGGUUGUCAGACAGAAUUGUCAUAUCACCAGAGCAAAACACAUAUAUGUAUGAAAGAUUACACCGAGAGUUGGAAUGUGAAGACAAAUACGGUGCUUUUAUUGACUCUCUAGAUGUAUGGACUGCUGAUGAAUUUCUGAAGGGAUUUGUCAGAUGGCUGAGUGAGGAAAAUGUUGAUAAAUUUGAUGUGUUGAAUAAAGCAUGUUCUUCUGGUGCAGAAAAAUUUGCAUUACAUCUUCUUACUGAGGGUGUGAAACCGGACAUGAACACCCCAUUGUGGUCAUUGAUCAAGAGACGUUGUUAUGUUGAUGGAGAGUAUGUGGAUGUACUUAAAAAAGUUGUUGUAUACUUGAAUGAUGAGAUAAAACUUGACUUGUUGAACAUAGCAUGUUGCUCUGGUCUAGGAGUAUGUUCUAAAUAUCUUCUGUCUGAGGAGGUAGGUUGUGAAGAGAACACACCGUUUUGUGCAGUGAAGCAAAAAAGUGUGAAUGUUCUUAAAAAUAUUGCCAGUGGUUUGAAUGAUGAGAUAAAACUUGCUGUGUUAAAUGUGUCUUGUUAUACUGGAUCAGAAGAAUGUGCUACAUAUAUCCUGUCUAAAGGUGUAAAAUCUGACUGGAACACUUGGAAUUGUGGAAGUAGGGGAGGAAGUGUGAAUAUAAGAGCUAAACUAGAGGAGUGUAUAGUUGAUUUGGAAAAGAUGGGAGACAAUCUACCAUUAUCUCCUCACAAUGCUCUAUAUCAUGCGUGUUGGUGUGAGAAUGAAAAGGAGGUAGUAAUAUUGUGUGAAACUUAUCCACACUUGAUAGACGACACUGAUGAGGUUGGACUAACCCCGCUCUUUGUUGGGGCAGAAACAGGAAACCUUGGUAUAUUUCACAGAGUGGAGAGAUUUAUACUUAAAUCCUUACAACGAGAUGAAGUUGAACAUCACCAGUGUGAGUCAGUAGAUGGUCGUGUGGUACAUAAGAACUGUGUGUGUUCUCAGUACAUGUCUCAGAAGGUGAAUAUAGAANUUUUGACCAAAUUUGAACAGUAG